AUGAUAAAGGCACUCAGACAACCACGAAAACAGAUGCCAAGGGUCAAUACAUAUCCGGAUAGAUGGGAAUAUUACGCAACAGAGUAUUCUUGGUCCGGUCAACUAUCCACGACAGCAGCAGAUGGCACCGGCUCCGUCUGCUCUACCGACGCAGACACGGUAGCAACCAUCUCCGUCCCUUCAUUCGAGCCAGAACCUUACUCGAUCGACCCCGACGACCCAAACGGAUACGGCUACUUCUUCUCCGCCUACUACGGCUCCGUGCCCGAAAGCUACAUCGACGCCCUGACUGACGCCGACGCGUUACACAGCUGCACAAUCUCCACCAUGCUCCCGGGCCCGGGCUACCUUACCACGGCCGCGUUCCUCACCGCCUCCGCCACGUCCUUCGAGGACGAUGGCGACGAAGAAACAACCUCGCCAUCCCCCUCCGUGCACGACCGUCCGCUUCCCAGCACCACGGACGCAUCCGCCGAGCCAGUCGUCUCUCCAGCCGCGUCCUCGACGCUGCCGCCUGUCACGACAAGAGAACCGACAAACAAGAACACUGACUCCCCCUCACCUGCAGCGUCCUCACCACCUACCGCGGCACCACCGAACCCCUCCCCAACGCCCGUCACCCUGCCCCUCGGCUCCACCAACGUCGUCGUCCUCUCGCCCGCUCCCGCCGGCAGCGGCGGCGCCGCCGCUGCAUCGUACGGCGUCGUCAUCGUGAACACUCCUCCUCCAAGCAACUCGGGCGAAGGUGAGGAGCCACAUACAACCACGUUGACGACGCUCGGGCUCGGCGGUACUGCAACUCUUCCUGGCGGCAGCGCGGCGAUCGUGCUGACGACGAAUGCGGCCGGGGAGACUGUUGCGGUCGGAGCGGUGGUGGAGGAGGAAGGGGGGACGGCGGCGGACGGUGGUGCUGCGGCGACGACUGGUACUAGCAGUGACGGGUUGGGCGGUCUGAUUGUUAGUGGGCUGGGCGGUACGGUGUCGGCGGCGGCGGGUUCGACGUCGGCGGGGAGGACGACGAGGACGGUGGUGGGGACGUUGGGAGGGGGUGGGGAGGAUAAGAGUGCGGACAUUGGCAGGGGGUAG